AUGAACUAUGCAGAAUGUACACAGCAGGAUCAAAGUGAUUCUAUGAAGAUGAAAAGAUCAAGCUCAGUGUCUAGUGAUGAAGACAACUCUAAGUUGAAGAUCAAUAAAAUUUCCGUUGAAGAUUUAAAGCACAAGUGCAAUAUUUGUGGCAAAGCAUAUAACAACGGAAAAGCUUUGGGUGGUCACCGAAGAUCUCACUUUCUUAAGAAGAAAGCUAAUCAUCAUUCACAAAAGGUGAAAACUCCUCUCUCAAUUCAAGUUAGUAACAAUAGAGCUAAUCGUUUCAAUGAUAAUGAUAAGUGUGAUGAAGAAGAAAUUGAUGAGAAAAAGAAACUAAGUUGUUAUAUUUGCAAGAAGGAAUUUUCGACAAACAAUGCUUUGUAUGGUCAUAUGAGAUCUCACCCCGAUAGGGUUGUUAAAGGAGUUAGUCCUCCUUCUUCCAACAAUUCUAAUUCGUCUAUUCGACAAAACAAAGAAGAUGAAGAUGAUCAAGGCGAUGAUAAUUGUUCCUUGCCUAGAUGGCAAAAGAGAGAUAAGAGAGGCCGAAAAUGUAUUGGUAGUGCUGAGGCUGCUGACAAUCUUUUGUAUCUUCGAUCCGAUAAAUAUCAGUCUAUUUCAUGGACCGAUCAUAAAAGAGAUUUUCACAUAUCUAGUGAUGAGUCAAAAACUCGUAAUUUCUCUGAUCUUCUUCAUAAAGAAGAUAUUCAUAUGUCUAGCAAUGAGUCAAAAACUCCUGAAUUAUCCGUUGCUCAUCAUAAGGGAGAAUUUCAUAAGGGUGAGUCAUCUUCAAAUGAGAUUCAGAAGAAAAAGCUUGGGAUGAAAAAGAUUAAAAUCUUUAUAGGAUCUUCAUCGAAGAUUCGAAACAAAAAUAAUAAGAAUGAUGAUGAGGGCGAUGAUGAGAAGAUAAAGAGAGACAAAAGCCUGUCUCAGUCUCAUGUUAAAGAGGAAGAAAUGAACCAUAAUGAUGAACAAAAGAUAUUGGAUUUUGAUUUGAAUGAGCCUUAUGUUAUGGAGGAUCAAGAAAAUUGUUAAGAUGAAUAAUGCAGUCUAUGUUUUCUUUU